AUGCAUGUCUCCCCCCUCUCUCUCCCCCCUCUCCCCUUCUCUUUAUCCCUCCUCAUCCUCUUCCUGGCCCAGCCACGUCCAGCAUAUCACCCCAAAUACUCAAUCUCCUGCACAGACCGCCUCCCACGCCGGAUAUGUCACGGCAACGUCAAGCCUGUCAACAGCAAGAUUGCCUCCCCCGAUUCAAGCAUAGCUGCCGUCGCUGCCCCCUCCCGACGACCAGGGCCCUGGGAUCACAUCACACCGAUUUCACUCUCUGCAACCCUCUCGGCACUCGUCCAUAUAGUUUCGGGGGAAAUAACAUCAGGUGCUGGUGAUCCGAAGAGGAGAGAGGGCAGAGAAGAAUAUGCCGGUUUCCUGGGAUGGAGGCAUGAUGCCGAGAAACUCCUGAUUCAAGACAAUGUACGAACAGUGUCUUAUAUGGACAUCUACUGUACCAUAGACUGGAAGAAUGUUGAAAGAGGUGCAGCUUAA